AUGAAGUACAGGCCUCUUGACGACACGAAAAACGAAAUCCGAGUCCUUAGGUUCCUUGAUGUAUCCAAUCCUGUCUCAGCUGAAAAUCCUAUCAAAUGUUCUAUUGAAAACGUUCCGCUGGAAUACUCUCCUCACUUCCAGCCCCGUCAAGAGAGCAGGCAAGGUCAAAUCGACCCGGUAGCGUGGGAUGUUUUUACUACGUGCGUAGAUCUGCGAGAUUCGACACUGGAGCAAACGACACUUGACAAGGCUACAUACAUUGGCAUCUCCCAAAAUCACACUCACACUAGCCACUUCCGUUACGCUUGGGGCGAUUUUGAGGCGCUGUCUUAUACCUGGGGUAAAGGAGGCAAGACAAAGCGCAUUCGCGUAAACGAAGUUGACAUCGCUGUACCAACCAAUCUCGAGAACGCACUAAGAGCUUUGCGUGAUCUGCAAGAGACACGUUUGGGUAUGUGUUAUUGGGUGGAUUGGUUAUGCAUCAAUCAGGAAGAUAGGGGAGAGCAAAACAAGCAGGUCAAACGCAUGAAUGACAUCUAUGGUCGGGCUAGGGCUGUAGUUGUCUGGCUAGGCCAGGAAGAGGAAACGGACAGCGAUGCAGUUAAGACGAUGCGUUUUCUUUGUCGCAACCCUUGUCACGAAGAUAUACUGAAACUUCCAAGGGAUUUGCUGCUUGACGCAUGGCCUGCACUCUUCGCCUUUACAAAAAAGAUUUACUGGACCCGAUCUUGGAUCAUCCAAGAGCUGGCUAUGAAUCACAAUUCGACUUUGUUACUAUGUGGAAAAUUCAAGCUUACAAGACGAAUGAUACGCUUGGGUGCUCUGUACUGCCAGAAAUUUUUGAAAACUACAGAAGAGUGGGAUUGUCGCUCCGAUGAUUACUCAGGGCAAGAUGCAUGGUCCCUAGCUAGUCGAAUGCAUCGUCUAGUAAGUCUUGCCUUCAAUCCAAGCGUUGGAAUAAACUUGGACCACUUGUCGAGUCUUACACGCUGGGCCAAAGCCUCCCGUGACAAAGACAAAGUGUAUAGCAUACUCGGCUUACUAGAUCCUGUGAUCUCUGCGGAUGUCAUACCGGAUUACUUUCUUUCCGAGCAGCAAAUCUUUACAGAUUUCACCACAUCUGUUGUCAAAAACUGGGGUAAUCCAGAUUACAUCAUGGUAGGAGGCAUUCCCACCAGUGAGGGGUGGCCGUCAUGGGUACCUGAUUGGAGACAGCCGUUUUUACGUUACCAUAUUCACUACUUUCGAAAAUGUCAAGCAAGCGGAGAUCUACAAGCUAUAUUUCGAUUUGAGAAAGGGGAGAGGAGUGGAUGUCUUCUUAUCUGCAGUGGUUUUCAUGUGGAUACCGUGGAUAAAGUUGCUGCGGAAACUUCCCAAAUUCAGCACUCUAUGCACUUGAGUAACAAUACCGCCCCAAAUAGGUAUGGUGACCUUAUACGUCAAGCGCUUCAUCAAACCAUUCUCUUGGGCUAUCCUGGACUAAGGGAAGAACUACUCCUCAGGAUACCAUGGAUUCAAGAACCGGAUACAUAUUCAGUUUCGGCCAACCACUUCGGUGACCAAGAGCGGCUUAAACCUUUUCAGUCGAGAAACUAUAAGCGAUUUCACAAGUUCAGAGAGAAUAAUAAAUAUUUUCAAGUUGGAGGUCAAGAUUUACAAAGUUUCUUCCCACAGCACCCCGAUAGAAGUCCUUACAAUUCUAAAACCGCCGAACUUAUGUCUCUAGCAUUUAUUUCUUUGGAACAAAGAACCCUCAUCACGACAACAACUGGAUACUUAGGCCUAGCUCCAAUAGCUGUUCAGAGAGGAGAUGUGGUGGCUAUAUUGUUUGGAUCGAAAUGCCCAAUAGUUCUAAGACCAGCCAGCGACAAUCGUUUUCAGGUUGUCGGGGAAUGUUAUGUCCAUGGACUCAUGAACGGGGAAAUCUUAAGGCACCUGUCUGAUGGAAAUGUUGUCCAGAGAGAGUUUGUCAUAUGUUAG